AAAGACUACAUUGUGUCAUUUAUGUUUAGCAUCAAACAACCUGUUUUUCCCUCAAAGAACAUAUGGACAUCUUAGCGGAUGAUCGAACAAAACAGUUAAAGGCGUUCGAUGACACAAAAGCCGGUGUCAAAGGACUAGUUGAUGCUGCAGCUGGUGGGGUCGUUGAUAUUCCAAACAUAUUCAUCCGGCCACCCGAUGAAGUAGCCGAAGAUCUGGAAGUUAGUAAAACAAGUUUACAAGUACCUGUCAUUGAUCUUCAUGGGGUUGGGGACAAGGGGAGUUCAAAAAGACACAACAUCAUAAACGAAAUCAAACACGCUUCGGAAAGAUGGGGUUUCUUUCAGGUGGUUAAUCAUGGAAUACCCACCAAAGUGCUUGAAGAUAUGCUCAAGGGAGUGCGCGGGUUCCAUGAGCAGGAUGUAGAGUUCAAAAAAGAUUAUUAUUCGAGAGAUCCGGAGAGGAUGGUGAAGUUUCACACCAAUUAUGAUUUGUAUUUGUCGCGAGCAGCUAAUUGGAGGGAUACGUUGGAAAUUGACAUGAUGAAUAACUACCAUCUUGAUCCUAAAGAUCUACCCUCGAUUUGCAGAGAUGCCACGGUUGACUAUCUAAGCCAUGUCAUGAAGUUUGUAGACACCCUUUUUGAGUUACUAUCAGAAGCUCUUGGACUAGAACUAAACUACCUCAAGUCCUUGGAAUUGGAGAAGGGUAAACUCAUGGUUGGCCACUACUACCCGGCCUGCCCGAAACCUGACCUAACCCUUGGAAUCGGCAAGCACACAGAUGCUUCUUUCAUUACUCUACUUUUGCAAGAUGAGAUUGGGGGACUUCAAGUUUUGCAUCAAAACCAAUGGGCGAGUGUCGAUCCUAUUCCAAGUGCUCUUGUUGUCAAUAUUGGGAAUCUUCUUCAGAUCAUAUCAAAUGACAAGUUCAAAAGUGUAAUCCAUCGAGCAAUUGGCAAUGUAACUCGGGCACGAACAUCAUUUGCUUGUUUUCUUCAUGGUGUCUCUACACCAACAAAAAUUUAUGGGCCCAUCCAGAAGCUUAUCACAGAAGAAAGUCCACAAAUUUAUAGAGAAUUUACUAUUAAAGAUUUCGUCAUGAACUUUUACUCAAGGAGACUUGAUGAUAAAUCUGGCUUAAACUAUGUUCACAUAUUAGACUAAUGUCACUGGAAUGAACCAAAGAUACAAACAUAUCAUGUUUUAAUAUACAUUUAUUUUGGUUUUCCUUUUCUAAUUUAGUUGGGAGUUUUGUCAUUAUA